CAUCUCGAAAAUAUAUAUAUACGGUAUAAACAACAAAUUCUCGCCAAGUUGUCUUUCUGCAGAUUCUGCUAUUAAUUAAUAAAAAAUUCAGGGAAAGGAAAGCAGUUCUGCAGAUUAGGGAAGGAAGGGAAAUACGAGAGUCGAAGGGAAGGACCAUUCCAAGAACUUCCUCAUAUUCUUCUCUCUCUCUGACUUUUCUCAAUUCUUACCCCUCAUCGUAUAAACUUCGAGCGAUCAGGAUUGCUUUGCUGCUGCGUAAGCAUUACAGGUGAGAACUAUAAGGCACGGUGAGAUGGGGCAGGCGUUUCGCAAACUUUUCGAUACAUUCUUCGGCAACUCUGAGAUGCGCGUUGUGAUGCUUGGGCUUGAUGCUGCUGGAAAGACCACAAUACUAUAUAAGCUGCACAUUGGGGAGGUUCUUUCAACUGUUCCUACUAUUGGUUUCAAUGUUGAGAAGGUUCAGUAUAAAAAUGUGAUUUUUACAGUGUGGGAUGUUGGUGGACAAGAGAAAUUAAGACCCUUAUGGAGACAUUACUUCAAUAAUACUGACGGACUGAUCUAUGUUGUGGAUUCUCUGGAUCGAGAGAGGAUAGGGAAGGCAAAGGCAGAGUUUCAGACCAUCAUCAGAGACCCCUUUAUGGUCAAUGCUGUUAUACUGGUGUUUGCAAACAAACAAGAUAUGAGAGGAGCAAUGCCACCAGAGGAGGUUUGUGAAGGCUUGGGCCUAUACGAACUUAAGCAUAGGAAAUGGCAUAUACAGGGGACUUGCGCUCUAAGAGGGGAUGGGUUGUACGAGGGACUCGACUGGCUGGCAAGUACGUUAAAGGAACACAAAGCUGCUGGAUUUUCUUCAAUAGGCCCUUCAUUGUAUCAAGGUUGAUCAACCUGUAAAUUAGAGAGAGCCAAGUCGAGAAAUAUGCUUGUGGAUGUGGAGUAGUAAAGUUGAUUGUGAAUCCCUCGCUACAACAGUUGAUUUUACAGCCUUCUUUGGAUGUCCAUGUUCAUCGAGGUAGCUCAUCUCCUGCAAUGUGAUACUUAAAAUUGAGAAGCUGAUACUUGUACACCCUGUGUAGUAAGUAAAACCCAAAGGUACCAGCAUUAAAUACGGGGGGAAAUGCUUGCUUGUUUGAUAAGAAUUUUGUCAGUGCUCAUCCGGUGGUUUGUAUUUGAUAUUGCCAUUCUCUAGGUAUGUCCUGGAAAUUGGAAUUUUAACAUCUUUCAAUCAAUAUUGGUAAAUAGGAGGAUGGACAUAUGAUGUUGUUUCA